UGGGAUCUAUUGUUUCCUGGCACAUUGGGAGGAAAAACAAAGGGAUUUAUUUUCAUUACCCUGUAAUUUUUUUCUUUUCUAUUUUUUUAAAUGUGGCCAGGGAGCUCGUCUCUCUCCGUGUCACAGUGGGAUCCGCCUGGCAGCCGCCGGGAGCCGCAGCCAAUGUGUUAGGACUUCAGGUGCUUCUUGGCACAAAGCUAGACUGCGACCUCCUACCAUAGCGCUUGGCGUCACCUGCUCUCCCGGUCCUGCCCCAGGGCCGAGGGAUUGCGUCCCGAACCGGGCUUGGGAAUCGGCUGCCUCUCAAAUGAACCUCUAGUCUUGCUUUGAAAAAAUCAUUCUGUGUAACUCUUGACUGUGACUAAGUUCCUAAUACACCUGUUGGGACGAUCACUGACACAGUAUACCAUUUGAGAGGUACUUUUCUUGACCCAAUACUGGUGAUUAGAGAAGAGAGGUAUCUUGGUUUUUGGUUUUUUUCUUUGAUCAUUAUGAACAUUGGCUUUUCACCCCUGAAGUGAAAAUGUUGAAAACUGAGUCUUCAGGUGAACGAACCACUCUCAGAAGUGCCUCUCCUCACAGGAAUGCAUAUCGAACUGAGUUUCAGGCACUGAAAAGUACCUUUGACAAACCCAAGUCAGAUGGGGAACAAAAAACAAAAGAAGGUGAGGGCUCCCAGCAGAGCAGGGGGAGGAAAUAUGGCUCCAAUGUCAACAGAAUUAAAAACCUAUUUAUGCAGAUGGGUAUGGAACCCAACGAGAAUGCUGCAGUCAUUGCCAAAACAAGGGGGAAAGGUGGACAUUCAUCUCCUCAGAGAAGAAUGAAGCCCAAAGAAUUUCUGGAAAAAACAGAUGGCUCAGUUGUUAAGUUGGAGUCUUCUGUUUCUGAACGAAUUAGUAGAUUUGACACUAUGUACGAUGGCCCUUCAUAUUCCAAGUUCACUGAGACUCGAAAGAUGUUUGAGAGAAGUGUGCAUGAAUCAGGACAGAACAACCGCUAUUCCCCAAAGAAAGAGAAAGCUGGAGGGAGUGAACCUCAGGAUGAAUGGGGAGGUUCCAAGUCCAACAGAGGCAGUACUGAUUCCUUGGACAGCCUUAGCUCCCGAACUGAGGCUGUCUCCCCAACUGUGAGUCAACUGAGUGCAGUAUUUGAGAACACUGAUUCUCCCAGUGCCAUCAUUUCUGAGAAGGCUGAAAACAAUGAAUACUCAGUGACUGGGCAUUAUCCCUUGAAUUUACCAUCUGUUACUGUUACAAAUCUUGACACAUUUGGUCACCUGAAGGAUUCUAAUUCCUGGCCUCCUUCAAACAAGCAAGGUGUUGAUACAGAGGAUGCUCACAAGAGUAAUGCAACUCCAGUACCAGAAGUGGCUUCUAAAAGUACCUCUCUAGCUUCGAUACCUGGUGAAGAGAUCCAGCAGAGCAAGGAACCCGAGGACUCCACAUCUAAUCAACAGACUCCUGACAGCAUUGACAAAGACGGUCCUGAAGAACCUUGUGCUGAAAGUAAGGCAAUGCCAAAGUCCGAAAUCCCUUCACCACAAAGCCAACUGUUAGAAGAUGCUGAAGCUAAUUUGGUUGGAAGUGAGGCAGCAAAGCAACAGAGGAAAGAACUUGCAGGUGGUGAUUUCACCUCUCCUGAUGCUUCUGCAUCCAGUUGUGGAAAAGAAGUACCUGAAGAUUCAAAUAAUUUUGAUGGUUCCCAUGUGUACAUGCACAGUGACUAUAAUGUGUAUAGGGUGAGAUCCAGGUAUAAUUCAGACUGGGGAGAGACAGGCACUGAGCAGGAUGAGGAGGAAGAUAGUGAUGAGAACAGUUACUAUCAGCCUGAUAUGGAAUACUCGGAAAUUGUUGGAUUGCCAGAAGAAGAAGAAAUCCCAGCAAAUAGGAAAAUUAAGUUUAGUAGUGCUCCUAUUAAGGUUUUCAACACAUACUCCAAUGAAGACUAUGACAGGAGAAAUGAUGAAGUUGACCCUGUGGCUGCUUCAGCUGAGUAUGAACUUGAAAAACGUGUAGAAAAGCUGGAACUUUUCCCAGUGGAGCUAGAGAAAGAUGAGGAUGGUCUUGGUAUAAGUAUUAUUGGAAUGGGUGUUGGAGCAGAUGCUGGACUUGAAAAGCUGGGAAUAUUCGUCAAGACAGUAACAGAAGGUGGUGCUGCUCAACGGGAUGGCAGAAUACAAGUCAAUGACCAGAUUGUGGAAGUGGAUGGAAUCAGCUUGGUGGGUGUGACACAGAAUUUUGCAGCAACAGUUCUCAGAAACACCAAGGGCAACGUCAGAUUUGUUAUUGGGCGGGAAAAACCAGGACAAGUGAGUGAGGUUGCCCAGUUGAUAAGCCAGACACUGGAACAGGAGAGGCGCCAGAGAGAGCUGCUGGAACAGCACUAUGCCCAGUAUGAUGCCGACGAUGACGAGGUUGCCAUGGAGGAUUUCAAUAAAUCUCUCAGACAAUCAGCACUAUUUCAUGACACUCGGGGGAACACUGUGGCUGAAUUGCAAGGAAUGUCUGGCAACUGCAAUAACAAUAACAACUAUUUUCUUAAGACAGGAGAAUAUGCCACAGAUGAAGAAGAAGAUGAGGUAGGACCUGUCCUUCCUGGCAGCGACAUGGCCAUUGAAGUCUUUGAGCUGCCUGAGAAUGAGGACAUGUUUUCCCCAUCAGAACUGGACACAAGCAAGCUCAGUCACAAGUUCAAAGAGUUGCAAAUCAAACAUGCAGUUACAGAAGCAGAGAUUCAAAAAUUGAAGACCAAGCUGCAGGCAGCAGAAAAUGAGAAAGUCAGGUGGGAACUAGAAAAAACCCAACUCCAACAAAACAUAGAAGAGAAUAAGGAAAGAAUGUUGAAGUUGGAAAGCUACUGGAUUGAGGCCCAAACGUUAUGCCACACAGUGAAUGAGCAUCUCAAAGAGACUCAAAGCCAGUAUCAGGCCUUGGAAAAGAAAUACAACAAGGCAAAGAAGUUGAUCAAGGAUUUUCAACAAAAAGAGCUUGAUUUCAUCAAAAGACAGGAAGCAGAAAGAAAGAAAAUAGAAGAUUUGGAAAAAGCUCAUCUUGUGGAAGUGCAAGGCCUCCAAGUGCGGAUUAGAGAUUUGGAAGCUGAGGUAUUCAGGCUACUGAAGCAAAAUGGGACUCAAGUUAACAAUAAUAACAACAUCUUUGAGAGAAGAACAUCUCUUGGUGAAGUCUCUAAAGGGGAUACCAUGGAGAACUUGGAUGGCAAGCAGACAUCUUGCCAAGAUGGCCUAAGUCAAGACUUGAAUGAAGCAGUCCCAGAGACAGAGCGCCUGGAUUCAAAAGCACUGAAAACUCGAGCCCAGCUCUCUGUGAAGAACAGACGCCAGAGACCCUCUAGGACAAGACUGUAUGAUAGUGUUAGUUCCACAGAUGGGGAGGACAGUCUAGAGAGAAAGCCAUCAAACAGUUUCUAUAACCACAUGCAUAUUACCAAAUUACUUCCACCUAAGGGUUUGAGAACGUCUUCUCCAGAAUCAGAUUCUGGUGUUCCACCCCUCACCCCGGUGGAUAGCAAUGUGCCCUUCUCGUCUGACCACAUAGCUGAAUUUCAAGAAGAACCACUGGACCCAGAAAUGGGGCCUCUCUCCUCUAUGUGGGGAGACACUUCACUGUUUUCUACUUCAAAGUCUGAUCGUGAUGUGGAAGAAUCUCCUUGCCAUCACCAAACCACCAAGAAAAUAUUACAAGAAAAAGAUGAUGCCAAAGAUCCCAAAUCACUAAGGGCAUCCAGUUCAUUGGCGGUGCAAGGAGGAAAAAUUAAGCGGAAGUUUGUGGAUCUGGGGGCGCCUUUGCGAAGGAAUUCCAACAAGGGAAAGAAGUGGAAAGAAAAAGAAAAAGAAGCCAGUAGGUUUUCUGCAGGUAGCAGGAUCUUCAGAGGCAGACUGGAAAACUGGACACCCAAGCCAUGUUCAACAGCUCAGACCUCCACUCGUUCCCCUUGCAUGCCUUUCUCAUGGUUUAAUGACAGCCGGAAAGGAUCCUAUUCCUUCAGGAACCUGCCUGCACCUACAAGUUCCCUUCAGCCUUCUCCUGAGACUCUAAUUUCAGAUAAAAAGGGGUCCAAGGUAGAAAACACAUGGAUUACAAAAGCAAACAAGAGAAACCCAAAUCCCUCCUCUUCUUCAAUCUUUGGAAGGCAUUCUCAACUUAUGUCUGUAGUCUGGAUCCAAGAAACCAAUAAUUUUACCUUCAAUGAUGACUUCAGUCCCAGCAGUACCAGUUCAGCAGACCUCAGCGGCUUAGGAGCAGAACCUAAAACACCGGGGCUCUCUCAGUCCUUAGCACUGUCAUCAGAUGAGAUCCUUGAUGAUGGACAGUCUCCCAAACACAGUCAGUGUCAGAAUCGGGCCGUUCAGGAAUGGAGUGUGCAGCAGGUUUCUCACUGGUUAAUGAGCCUAAAUCUGGAGCAGUAUGUAUCUGAAUUCAGUGCCCAAAACAUCACUGGAGAACAGCUCCUGCAGUUGGAUGGAAAUAAACUUAAGGCUCUUGGAAUGACAGCAUCCCAGGACCGAGCAGUGGUCAAAAAGAAACUCAAGGAAAUGAAGAUGUCUCUAGAGAAGGCUCGGAAGGCCCAAGAGAAAAUGGAAAAACAAAGAGAAAAGCUAAGGAGAAAGGAGCAAGAGCAAAUGCAGAGGAAGUCCAAAAAGACAGAAAAGAUGACGUCAACUACAGCCGAGGGUGCUGGUGAGCAGUAACACAUACCCUCUUACAGAUGAUGGAGAUGCUCCAAGAGAAGUCCCCACCUCUUCCUGCCCUGCUCUCCUCCAGAGGAUGAAAAAGAAACUAAAUGAUAAGGGUAAUGCGGCUCUAGGCUGGCUGAGGAACUGUGUGUUGAAUAACUGCAUUUUCUGCAAUAGAAUGCACUCUUAAUUUUAACUACUAAAAUAAUCCCAAGCCACCUUUGGUUCAUUAACAAACCAGAUUUCAUUUAAGUAGCUGUGUUUUGCUCUUCUCUAACUUACCAACAUCUUGUGUUGUGUUUGGUGUGUUUUGUCACUUGGAGAACUAGUGUGACCCCACCCAAGAGCAUGACACACCCUGGUGUUGUUAAUGGAGCGCCGUGAAUUUUCAGUGUGGGAUCCUGAAAUGGCAAUUGCACAUGUCUGCAUGGCAGAGAGCACCCUGCCAUGAGAUCUGAGACCAGUACUUAACUUCUAGGACUGCAACACCUACUCCAAUGUGUGGGAAAGAUUUGCUCUUAAUUCUCAGUCUGGACAGUGAGACCACCCCGCUGUGGAAACAUGGGUGCUCUGCUCUGUAGUUACCUACUAAGGGAAAAGGCAAGCAAGUCAUUCUGCUUGCUAGGCAUCAAAAAGAAAGAAAAUAAAUUAUAGCUAUUUGUUAACCACUGAAAAAAGCAAAAGCCUUAAGAAUGUGGAUGUGGGUAUUACCUUGGGGUUCUGAGGGUAAUAUUUAUCCUCUAGAUACGGCUGAACAAGAAAGAAAAAAAUCAGACAUUAAUGCAGCCAUGGGAUAUUGGGAUCUGUUGACCUUGCUACUGCUGUGUGUUCAGCAUUUCAGCAACACUGGCAAACACAACAUAGUUCCUCUUCCCCCCACCUAACCCAAGAAAUUGAACAGGAAAUUGAUUUUUAAGGAAACCACCAUUUUCAGGUUUCCUCUCCUGGGGAACAUUCUGGCUGGUCUUCAGCCUGCCUAUGUCACAAUCAGGAACUCAUCACAUAUUUUCUACUCAAGAUUUCCCAGGUGGGCCCAGUUAGUAUUUUAACAAAUGUACUUUUAAGAAAAAUAGAAAUACCAGUUAGAGGAAACUGUCAGUUAACAUUUUAGAGAGAUUUUGAAUGGUUUUUCCAAACCAUUCCUUUCCAUACUUCAAAGAUUCUCAAUUUUACAGAAAAAGUUUCUUUAAGGCAGUGCAUAGGUAUACUUUAGUAGUGGAGGAACUUAUACUAAUUUUAAGCCAGCAUUAAGGAUUUCCAUAUUUCACCAAACUAAGUCAAGUGCAGGAGACUGGGGCAGAAGAAGGAGAAAAUAAACUCGUUUUGAGAAAUUUCAUGUGAUGAGGUUUUUUUGUUUUUUAUGCUCAUGUAUCUGGUUCUCUUUGCUGCGUUGACUCUCAAAAUGAGGUUAUCCACUUUCCAAAGGACAAGUUUCAGAAUAAGACUUGAGGCCACAUGAAUUCUUGGACAGUAUUUUACUUCUUUUACUUUAUGGGAAUCUCUGCUCUAUUCCCAGCAUCUCGUAUCUUCCACUAGAAGUAUUCCAUAUUUAGAGCCUCGGCAAGGCUUUUGAGUGUAACAGAUUAAGGGAACUCCCUUGUAGCCCCAUCUUGUAUUUUAAUAACAGUGUGAUUUUUUUUAAUCUGAAAAUCUGAAUUCAGAAAUUAUCUAAACUGGACAUUUUUAAUUCUGUUUUAACCCCAAGGCCUGUUUUCUUUUCAUUGCCAGAGUAUUGUCGGUUAUGCGUCAGCUCUUUUGUCAUUAGGUACAGACCAUUCAUUCAAUCCUCAGAAACGUUGACAUGAAGUAACAUUGUGUUUUACAGUUAUCAAAGUCACCAUUAUGUUUUUCUGUCUGUCUUCAUUAGGGGUAUGAUAAUGAAACUGCCAUAUUGGAUACUCUAUUAAUGUCUUGAGAUGUCUGGUGCUUUGUUAUUUUUUAACAUCAUGAGAAAUAAGAAGCCACUAUUAAUGAGCGAUACAAUUUGGCAAAACUUUUCAAAUACUAAAACACUAAAUUAGUAAAAAUCUGGUAAUAUUAGUGCUUGCUAUUGUAAAUUUUUGCCAUUUUUGCUUAUCUUUGGGGAAAAAGUGACCUGGAUCACACUGGAAGUUUCACUGUAUUCAAGAGUAGAAAUAGAAGGAUGAUUAUCUUAAGUUAUGUUUACACUUUGGUAAUAUUUGAAAAUGGAUGUAUAUACUGGAAAUGUCUGUAAGUGUCUUGUUUUUGCACCUAAUUUAUGAUCUAUUAUAUUGCAUUUUCUUAAAUAUCUUAGAAGUAUUUUUCUUUAUAACUUUGUAUAUUGAAUGUUUAGAUAAAUGUCCAACUGACAAUGUUAUAAAUCAAAUUCUUAUUCCUUAAAUCAUUUAGUAUUAUAAGUAUUUUGAUUUUUUAAGUUAAAUUAUAGUAAUUUUAGGCCGAAAUGAGUUAUUUUAACAUUACCACUUAAAACGGAUGAAAUUGUAAAAGUCAUUUGGUUUGAUUGCCCCACAAAGCAUAAGAUGUAAACUGAUUAAGGAUAUGAAAGCAAAGUGAAAGACCUCAGAUCUUGUGCACAUUUUGUUUUCCUAUUAUUUCUUUUAUUGACUGUAGUGCAUGAUACCUAAUCAAGGCUCCAAUGUCUUGCACAAUUCCUACUUUAAUGCUAGUGGUUUUCAGUGUCCUUACAAUUUAACACAGAAUUGUUAUUUCAUCAACCUUAAAAACUGCAGUUUUUUAUUAUCAGAAAAUGAACAAAAAGGGAAUAUCUGGUUGCUAUGAACUGAUUCCCUAAAGGAGAGCUCAGUAUGAUUCUAACAAUAGCCAAAAGUGUUUUGGGGUAUAGGUUAUGCUUUGUUGGGAGGGAAUGUGUGGUGAGGAGGCCAAGCUGCAGACAGAAAGCAUUGUAUGAGCUGUAUCUGGGUCAGGGUUUCCCAUUAAAGGAUGUUAGUUUUAUAACAGAUUACUUUGUUUAAGACCAUCUCCCUUCAAGUAACUCACAGUUUAUGUAAUACUAAUCUCAUUCUUUUUUUACCUGAAUCAGGAAUUUUCUGCAGAAUGUUAAGUUAGGGAAGAAACCUCAUUUCAUCCAUUCUAACACUCCUGAUGAAGUCCCCCUUUAGUUUCACGACAAUAAAGCUGUUCUGUGGCUAUCAUCCUUUAGCUGGGAUUGACAUUGAUUUCACACCCUCAACAUCACAAGCUUUUUUAACCCACAGCAGUUCAUGAUUGCAGUAUGAUAGGUACUAAAGCCAAACUCAGCUUUCAACUGGCACAAAAUGGGACUGUCACCUUUUGCUCCAUUGUUGUUGGAAACAAAGUGGCAAGAGGGAAAAUGAGGAACCAGAUUUACCUUUGCCACUCUCUGUGACCCUGUAAUCAUCACUAGCCUGAAAUCUUAAAAUAUCCCAGUCCCAAGCUACAAAAAUGGUCACAGGUGGUUUGAUCUAGUACCUCGGCCGUUAGAGUUUGUGCUGAAGACAAAUUUGUCUGGGUUCACUGUGCACCAGAAUUAACAUGUGCUUGAAAAUUGCAUUUUAUAAAAGGGAAAUGAAAAUUUGCAUUUAUAUAGAUACUCUGAUUCAUGUUUAAGUGUUAAAGGUUAUGCAGACUAAACUUCAAGAGGAGAUGCAGUGUUUAACAAUAGUGUUCUAGAGGAUUCUAAAGGAAGCUGCCCCAGCAACCCUGAGAGAACCAUCUGUACUUUGGAUAUGUUGUAGCCCCAUCAUUACACUGAGAUAUUUCCAUUUGAGUAACUAAAGGUACUCCUGACAGAGCUGGAGAUGGGGGCAUUUUGGUGGGCAGUGGUCACUAGGGUUCACGUCACCUACUUAAUGCAAAGACCUUAGUGGUCUCAGAAUGAAAAGGUAAAUGGAAGAGAAAAGCACAGUCCUUUCCUAUCUUUUCAAAUUUACUUUUUAUUAAGGAUGUACCUGUGCACUAUUCUAAAGCUAAGCAUUUAAGGAUAAAGUCCAGAAAUAAAAUGUCCAUAUUUUCUUUUCUUUUUUUUCUGUCAUCUGUCACCCAGACUGGACUGCAGUGGUGCCAUCAUGUCUUACUGCAGCCUCAAACUCCUGGGCUCAAGUGGUCCUCCUGCUUCAGCUUCCCAAGUAGCUGGGACUACAGGCAUGUGCCACCACCCCCAGCCAAAACAUCCAUAUUUUCUAUUAGAAUGGUUUACAUUAUGAUGGGGGAUGGGGAGCUGGGGGAGGGCUGUACAUUCCCAAAAGAAAGUAGUGUUAUAGGAAAUCCAAAUGCGCUUCAGUGAUUCACUCCUGAAAAGCAGCCUGGGUAUGUUGGCAGAUUUUGUUUGCAUUUGUCUUGCGUAUUUAAAGUCUCAGGAAAUCUAGUCUUGGUCCAAAACACUGGAGAAAAAAAUAACACCAGACAAAACACAUUUGAGUAACUUGAAGUAGCAGCAUAGAAUAGGCCCAACUAAGAAGUUGGAGGGGCAAAGAGAAAGCCGACAGAAUCAGCUUCUCCUGGAAAGUGAAAGCAUCAAGUUCUAUUUAUGGUAGACAGAGGGUCCUUAUUUGCUUGUCCGUGGUGUCUAUGUGGGCCUAUUGAGGGAAUGGUAGUUACUUGAAGGUUCACAUAUGUAAGCGUGUGGACCCAGCACAGUCUGUGACCUGAUUCCAGAUCCUCAAGAGUGGAGAAGGAAAGAAAUAUGGUGAUUUCCUAUGCUUGACCCUAACCCAACCCCAAAACUGCUAGGGAUUCAACAGUGAGUAAGAUGUAUGGAAUAAGAGAACAGAUAACUUCUCAACAAUGUGCAUGCCGUUUGUGUAGAUGUUCAGAACUACAUAUGUGUGAAUAUCACUCCCACCUUACACGUGCACACACACUGCAAUCACAUGGCAUUAAAAAAUAUAUUGUGUAUGGAACUUGGCGAGGUCAGUCAGGACCUGGAGCUGUAAUCAUAGCCUUAUUGCCACUUCUUGCGUUGUGUAUACAUUGAAUGGCUCAUAGAUUUUAAGAGAUUUUUUUAUUGUAAGUAUUUCUACUAAAUGCACUUAUCCUUCUAUAUGUUUAUAUAUUUUGGUAAAAUUGAUUUAUCAGAUACUUGGUAUUUUAGUAAGAAAAUUUCCUCAAAUAUGUGGCUAAUGCUUUGAUGUCAAGAUUGCAUAUUGCUGAGUUGGAGCUCAGAAGAAAUGUAUGCAGCUAAAAAUUGCACUGUGUGUUCUUGUGAAUUUGCUCACAAUUCUUAAAUGACAUAAUUGGUGGCUGUGAUGCUUACAGUCACUGCCUACUGGCUCUCUUAUGAUGAAUGUUGCCAUCAUAUGAUCAUUUAUUUACUUUUUGUGCAAGCGAUGGCAUUUUGGUUGUUGCCAAAAACAACACAAGUGGUUGGGAGUGUAUGUUGUUGGAAGGUGUACACUUCUGUUUCUUUCAGCUGUAUUAUUUAUACACCCAGGUUUUCUGUUAAGGAUGUAAUCAUUCAUUCAAGAAAGAACAAUUGGCAAGAAAUAAUUAAAUUACCUUAAAAAGAAUUAAGAGGCACUCCAGCCAGAUAACACCUCCCAACAACAUGAAAUUUAGUUAGUGCUUAGUGAAAUUCCUUAAAUAUAUAUGUAUAUGUUUUCUUCAACAUUAUUUAAAUAUCAUAACUACUGCUUUUAUAUUUUUUAAUGGUGUUGCAACCACUUGUACACCUGCUACACCUUACUGACAAAACUGGGCAGCUGAAAAUAAAAGAGAAUAAAUUCUAUUCCACUGUAAGAAGUUGAUUUCUUUUCAGCUUUCUUUGUAUAUCAGUAAAGAACACGAAUUGUUUGAAAAUAAUUUUAAGUCUGAUAAGUAUGGAUAGCAUGUUACCUAAGCUUUUAAUUUGUACAUUUUGAUGUCUGAUCAUUUGCAUGGAAGAGACAAUAGUGCCACGUCUGAAUUGUUCUCUUGUGCUUGGUUAAUAUGUACUUCUCUAGAUUGUUCAAAAAGUUUCAAAUGACAUUCCUUACUCUUUGGUUUUCAGAGGCAUUCAAGCAAAAUAUCACAGUGGUCUUUUGUUUUCUGACCAAUCUAACAAUACCUGUGAUUAAAUUUAAUUUGUUAGUGUAAAUAAAUUUCUUGCCAAUGAGUAUUAUUGUUGUUAGACAACGAAUGCAAUAAAAAGAAAUACUGAGGUCUGUUGAA